AUGGAUUCUGACAGCUCAAAGGUAGCCAUCCAUUGGAGCCACGUAACAGACAAGGACCUGAAGGCCAAGGCCAACUUGUACCAAGAAAAUAGGACCUUACAUCUCCCUGCUGUGGGACCUGGUAGUGCAGGCCAGUAUCUCUGUGAGGUCACCAUCAAUGGUACCACCAUCUCCAAGAAUGUCACCCUGGUUGUAAUGACAGUCGUUCCAAGCAUCGGGGGGCCAGUCCUGGAGGGAUCUCACCUGAUGCUCACCUGCAGUCUAAGCCAGCCCCUAGGAAAAGUGCAUUUUCAAUGGCAGUGGUUGGGCUCUGACCCCGCAAACAGGUCCAAAGCUGCCUCCAGGAGUUCUGAGUGCUUGAGCUCUGGCUGGAUCCGGGAGUUCUCCAAGGUGUCACCUACAGAUGCCGGUAUCUGGGAGUGCAGCAUCCACAACGCAGACGGGAUGCUGGGAUCUGUGCAGUAUCACCUGGAAAUUGCAGGUGCCCAAGCUGCUAGUCCACAGCAAAAUGAGACGCCUGGGAAGAUCACUUACGGAUUGAUGACCUUCCUCUUUGUCCCUGUGGUCUUCAUCGCGGUUCUUCUGACCCUUUUGAGGCGAAAGACACACUCACUGAACUUCCCAGCACUGGAUAGACUGGUAGCAGCUGCCCUUCCCAGAAAAGAGGUCAAGGAUGUUGUCCAGGAAGAGAAGGUCCUGAAGCUAGAACUGUGA